AUGUUUUUCUGCAGUCUUUUGAUGGUGUUAAUGUUUAUCUGCGAUUUGUUUGAUUUACAAAUGUAGUAAACUGAAAAUGAAACUUUGAAGAAUUUUGAUGAGAAGUUUAAAAAAUGGCAUCUAAAUCUUUUUCUGAGGAGGAUUUAUCUUGUCCUGUGUGCUGUGAUAUUUUUAAAAAUCCUGUUGUGUUGUCUUGUAGUCACAGUACCUGUAAAGACUGUAUUGAGAGAUUCUGGGAAAGUAAAGGAUUUCAAGAAUGUCCAGUUUGCAGAAAAAGAUCUUCAAGGGAUAAUCCUCCAAUAAAUUUAGCUUUGAAGAACCUGUGUGAGACUUUCUUAAAGGAGAGAAGUCAGAGAUCUUCAUCAGUUUGUCAUCUUCACAAUGAGAAACUCAAACUCUUCUGUCUGGAUCAUCAACAGCCGGUGUGUUUGGUGUGUCGAGACUCCAGAACUCACAACAACCACAAAUUCUGUCCUGUCAAUGAAGCUAUCAUUGAUAAUAAGGAAAAACUCAAAACUGAAUUAAAACCCUUACAGGAGAAACUGAGAAUAUUUGAGAAGAAUAAACAGAAUUUGGAUAAAACUGCAGAACAUAUAAAGAUUCAGGCUGAAUGCACAGAGAAGCAGAUUCAUGAAGAGUUUAAGAAACUUCACCAACUUCUACAUGAUGAAGAAUCAGUCAGAAUAACAGCACUGAGAGAGGAAGAGGAGCAGAAGAGUCAGAUGAUGAAGGAGAAGAUUGAGAAGAUGAGCAGUGAGAUUUCAUCUCUUUCACACACAAUCAGAGUCAUAGAGAAGCAGAUGACAGCUGAAGAUGUUUCAUUCCUACAGGACUUUAAGAGCACAAUGGAGAGAGUUCAGUGUAGAACGUCAGAUCCAGAGGACAUCUCAGGAAUGACGAUCAAUGUAGCAAAACAUCUCAGCAACCUGAAGUUUAAUGUCAUACACAAGAUGAAGGAGAAAGUUGAAUACAGUGAGUACAAAAUACAACACUGACUUCAGAUUUACUCUCAUCAUCAACAUUUAUUUGAAGAGUCUCUCUCUCUCUCUCUCUCUCUCCCUCUCUUUUACUCCAGCAUUUACUCUAGGAGUAGAAUCUGGUGUGUGAGCAGUGCUUUAAGUGGCCCAAAAGAAGUGCCGGUACUCUAU